CAAUCUCUCACCUAUUUAUAAUAUGCUGUCCUCAGUCUCAGUGCCGCUGGGGAUAACGUAAACGUGCAAUUUCGUCUACUCAGUUCAGACUAACAAUCGUGAAGAAAGUCCAUGACAAGUGAUAAAAGGCCGACAAAACCUUAUAAAUUUAGUGAACUGAUUUAUAAAACGUUGAAAAAUCCGCCUCUGUAAAUGACCUGUUCUGGGCUUUGGAAUUAGCAGUUUAUUUAAUUGGGCAUACGGUUACUUCGACCCAACGAAAAUGCAGCAAUACCGAUCAGAAGUCUACAUAAUUCACGAAGAACAGAUCCUAGAGGCAAUCGAUCAACUACGUCGACGAAAGGCUCGUCCCGACGCUGAUCGAAUUUGCAACUAUCUCCUCCGAAAGUUCUCAGUAGAUGCCAGAGAUACCAUCGCUGACCUGCACCGCUUGAUCGAAGCUGAGAAGGUCAUUCAGGUUGAUUACAAGGGAAACACCAGCUACAGGAAUGCAUCAAAAUGGUCUCGGCUUCAACUGUACAAAAACCGUCCGGAGGGAUUUGUAAAAGAGAAACUCAACUCCAACAUGAUGGCCUCAGCUUUUGCAGAGCUUCUCGUGGAAGAGCCGGACUAUCUCGAUCAAGGAGUCCCUCCGUUUCGUCUAAUUGAGCAGCUCCUCGAUGGUAUCAGCAAUCCCACAUCCCGAAAAAUGGUGGAGGAUUUUUUAGCUAAAGAAGUAUCCACUGGGAACAUAACACGAAUGAGUAACGGCCAUUAUUCAUUGGUGGGAACAAGUGAUGUCUCCAGCAACACGUCUCUUAAAAUGGAUAAGGAAGACGUAGAUAUUUCGGAUAAUAAUGCCAGGAGAUACUCCAGUGAGACUGGUGAUUCUGGAAAAGAUUCGAUAUACAAAGAAUCACAUGCGGAUUUCUUUGGAUUUGAUGAUGUAGGAAACUGUGACUCUAGAAGCGACAAUACUCCCAGAUCGUCUAGGCAGGCCAGUCCCAAAGAUGAUCAUGACAAAGAGGAUGGAUUUGAUAAGGCUGAAGAGAAUACUGUAGAGAAAAAGGGGCAGGAAAAAAAUAGUGAAGAGAAGGAAAUAGAAAGGAAGGAGCAGGAGAAAAUCGAGAAGGAGAAGGAAGUCGAUGUGAGGGGGGCGGAGGGCAUGAGCUGUGUGAAGAAGUCCAAUAAAGGGGAACGAAAACAGAGGCUGCUGGUCAGGCCUGAUGACUCGAUGGACUUGGAAAUUAAAUUUGAGGAAGAUUUUGAGGGGCGCGAGGAGAAAGAACGGAGGGGAAGACGACGUCAUGAUAUGGAAGAACGACAAAGUGAAGAGAGGGAGGACGAGGAGACCGGGAGGAAUAGUAAUAACCAAUCUCCAACGGGAGGGACUGUUGGAGGAUUCAGGAGUGCUAGGAGGAAGAGAGCAAAAAAAGUGUUUGAUCCAUCCGACACUAACAUCCCCAAACGUAAAAGAGGAAGACAACCCCUGACGAGUAAAACUUCAGUUCAGAUAUCUCAUGAGUAUCAGGAAGGCCCUUCAAAGACCACUGCCAAGGAGGGACCUAAUCGACAAUGCAGUUUGUGUGCCAAGGAUAAAUCAGAGUCUCUCGUUGCCUGUCGUGACUGCACAGUCAGAGCUCAUCCAAAGUGCAUUUGGAGUCCCGAGGACCUCAUUCACAAGAUUGGGGGUAGUUGGCAAUGUGAGAGAUGCAAAACUUGCAGCGUUUGUUGUGAAACUUCCGAGACUGGGGCUUUAAUUACAUGCAUAUCAUGUGACGAAGCUUAUCACUAUAUUUGUCAUACGCCACGAGUUCCUUCUUCAAAAUCACACUUAAAAUGGAAUUGUAGUAGCUGUACUGAGAAAAGAUCAGUGAUGGUGCCUGCGGUGACAACUCAAGAGAAAGUGCAGUCUUCACGGCCUGAAACUCCGAUUAAUCCCCCCCAAUUACCACCCGUUUUGAGCCCUCAAGUCUCUCCAACUAGGGGAUCGAUUGAUCAUACAGAUGAUCAGGUGUUUCCUCGAGAGGGAAUUGAUCCUACUAUUCCCGAUGCUUCAGAUUGGACAUCGGAACAGGUUUAUCAAUAUUUUGCACGGCUUUUUCCCAAAGAAGCUGAAGUUUUCAGACUGCAGGACAUCGAUGGACACUCUCUGCUUCUCAUGAAACGUUCGGAUGUUCUUAUUGGACUGGACCUGCUCCUCGGGCCAGCCUUGAAAAUCUACAGGCACGUGCUCAAGUUGCAAAUGCGCCGUGAUGAUCCUCGUUUCUACUGGCUAUAAUCAAACUCUAGAAGUGGAUUAAUCUGUUGAGAAAUUUUCCAGUUGUCGCUCAGUUAAACAGUUCCAUUUGAGUCGCAUCAGUUCCAAGACAUGACUCAAUUAUCGGCUUUCAGUGAAUUUGAUGCUUGAAGUCCUAGCAGGAAAGCAAAGCAGUCAAUUUCUCAUAAUUUACUGGAUAUAGAAUUGUGAAUAAAGUAUUAUUUGAAAUAGAAAAUAA